GUUUCCUGUUUCGUUUGUUGUUGUCUCGUUCAGUUUCCGGUGUGGUUGCAGCCGCAGCUGUUUGUGGUUCCAAAAUGACCAAACUGCAGCUACUCAACGCGUACCUGACGGAGCGGCUGACGGUCGUGGUGAAGGAGAUCCUGGACGUGGUGGAGGACACGGUGGCCGAGUACCGGGAGGAGACCGCCAGAGCCAAGAGGGAGAACGAGAGCCUGCGGAGGCAGCUGCGGGACAUCCUGCUGCUGGAGGCCGAGACAGAGUGGCUGAGGUCGACGAGGCCCCGUCUCGGUUUUGUGGCACCUGAGCAGCAGUCCUGUGAUCCAGAGCUGAGGUCAGGCUCCGAGGAGCCAGACUCCACCCUGAACCAGCUCAGACAGCCACCAGCUAACACAGCCAAGCUGACACCUGGGCAGGUUGUUUCCGUGCAGUUGCUGUCCGUCCAGAGGGACAUGUCCUCGCGGCCCAUUCUCCUGCCGGGGGACAAGAAGCCUGCUGAGGCCUGGGAGCCACUGCUGAAGCCUGACCCUCAGGAGGAGGCGUUUGGAAAAGCUUCUCCUCUUCCUUCUCACUCCUCCCUGAGUCCUCCGUCCGCCUUGGGCCCUAAACUCCACGCUGAGGCUCCUGCAGUCCGAGAGGAGCCCCGGACUUCGGCUCCUGCUCCGGUCAAACCUGAACCUGAGGAAUACAAAGUGACUGAGGGUCCCACAGACUCCCUGACCGCGACUUCACACGCCGCCGCCACACAGGAACAGCUCAGAAUCAGAGGAGAAGCCGACAGGACGGCGAUGCUCCGUGCAGACCAACACGACGCUCACGGACACAGGAAGUCCUCUCAGGAGGUCCCAUCUGACGACGUCCCAGCGGUCGGUUACGUCCCCGAGCUCGUCCAUCGCUGCCCACGCUGCGGCGAGGCGUUCGGCCAGGCCAGCAGCCUCCGCCUCCACCUGGAGCAGAAGAGAAAGACCUACGCCUGCGAGUGGUGCUGCAAAUCCUUCGCGCAGUCGGCGGACCUGCGGCGUCACCUGCGUACGCACACGGGCGAGAGGCCGCACCGCUGCACCUUCUGUUCCAAGAGCUUCAGCCAGAGAGGAAACCUGCGGCGACACCUGCGCAUCCACACGGGCGAGCGUCCGUACAGCUGCCCCUACUGCUGCCGCACCUUCAGCGACGGAGACACCAUGAAGAAACACAAACGCACCCACUCAGGGGAGAAGCCGUACCGCUGCGUCCAGUGCGCCAAGACGUUCACCAGCGCCGGCGGCCUGCAGAUCCACUUAAAGAAGGACAUGUGCUUCGUGGCUAACGCCUGAUUGGCCACUUCAGUCCACACAAAGACACGUCACUGAGAGUGUGAGCGCCACAAGCCGGGAGGACAAAGAUGGCCGCCUGUAUGGAAACGUACCUGCGGUCUCACGUCAGGUUCCUCACACGGUCUUUACACACCAAAGUGACGACCGUCUGCCUCCUGCAAAAGUUUGGUAAAACGCAGCUGGAAGAAGCUUUCAGAUUCUCGACAAAGUAAAAAAAAAUACCACAAUGUAAAAGUACUUUAGUACUAGCAAAAGUACUGCACUGAGAAUCCAAGUACAGAAGAACAGAAUUAUUAUGAGCAAUGCGCUUUAGGUCGUCAUGUUGUUGGAUUGUUCUGAGUGAUGCAUUAAACGUCAUCAGUUUAAUGUGGACGACUUUAUAUUCUGUUACGUUCAUAUUUUAUCUUCUGUUUCGUAUAUCAAACCUUCACAUCUUUGAGAAGAAGUUCAGAACGUAGAAGAAAAUUGAAAUACUCAAGAACGAGUACUUCAGAGGCGUACUGAAGUACAGUACUGCUUUGUUACUUUCAGGACGUAAACUGGAGAAGCUCAGAGGCUCCUGCAGCUCGUCUUUAUUGAUUAGCAUCGAUUUCAUGAACGUGCAGAUGAAUUCUCGCUCGUCUAUUGGAUGAAAUAAUCAGAAAAUGAAGUGAUUAUUCAGUUAAUGAUUUCAAGUCAAAGUGCAGCUGCUGCAUCAUGAGUCCAUGUGACAACACAUUGAACAGAGCGAGUCGAUCACGUGAAGGAGUGCGUCAGACCGCGUGGUGUGUAAAGACGUGGUGAGAGCGCCACCUGCAGGCCAGUGAUGUGGCUGCACUUUGACCUUUUCAGUAAAAAAGUGUUUUGUCGACUGUAACAGGCAGCCAGAGAGCAAAGAGAAGUGUACCCACGUCCCCUCCUCCCCUCCUCCCCUCCUUCUCUCCUUCCCUUUCCUCCUUCCCUCCCUCCCUCCUUCCCUCUGUUGCACGUUGUGUUGUAGGCAGCUACAGGGUCACACUCAGUCCAUCCAGGCUUUCAGAUUUAUUUAUGUAUUUAUUUUAAUGACCAAACCUGCAGAGGACUGAUCGCAGUGUCUUCAGCAGAAGGUGAAGGAGACGCCUUCAGUCUUCUUCUGUUUGUGAACUGAUCCCAGAUCAGCAACAGCAGGACGAGGAUUCAAGUGUGUUUUACUUUGCACUGAACAUGAAAUGAACUUUGAACAGCUUGAACCUCCUGCUGUAACACUGAGCUGCCAGUCUAUUGGGUACCCCCCCCCCCCCGAUCAGCGAGUAUUGAUCGGGUUGAUUACAUAAACCACAGGGUGUGUUUGUUUGCCUCCUGAGGCACCUGCAGAGGAACAACAGGUGUUACGACUUGAACUUACCUCGACUUAUCGACUUACGAUGACAUGACGUUUCUGUCUCUGGAUCAGCUGAUACAAACACAAAACCUGCCGGUGACGGUUGUGUUGUGGUCACUUCCUGUCCAGGUGACAGGUGUGAGGCUGAGCUGUUUGGUGUGAUGAUGAUCUCUGUGGAAACAUUCGUCCUCUUGGCAGCUUGUGAAGCGCGGUGGACACUCGGCACUGCAGACGACAGACGGGAGAUUCGUGAUGCUUCACAGAUUCACAGAAAACAAGAAUAAACAUGAAACGCGAGCGGACGUUAGUGUGUGUGUGUGUGUGUGUGUGUGUGUGUCCAGCAUCGCCUGUCUGUGUUUUGUAUUCAUGUGAAACGUCUUGUUUUUUAGACAAAAUAAAUGUUCAGUCAAACUGUUGUGCCUCUCAGAUAUUUGAUUCUGAAACUCACAGUGGAAAUCCUUCAGAUGUCAGCAGAAUGCAGUGCAGUAGAAGUAGACAGAAAAGAGUACAAGUACCUCAGGUGUGUGUAAAUG